UAAACACGGUCAUAUUAUAACUAGUGGUGACACUUGUUGGUAAUCUUGCUUUAAUAAAACAAAAACCUUUUCUAUAUCUGAGUCUGCUUUGUUUAAUUUCAAUGACUGCAUGAGUGGGUAUACUGGACAGUUUAAGCAGCAGUUCCAGUUCUUCUUGUAGCAAGAACAAAGGUGUGUCCUUACACAGCGAGACUGCAGCAUGAUCAGCAUACCUUGACCCACCCACUGCAUUGUUGAAACACACGGCACAAUAACAGAAGCUGUGUUCCCGUUGAGGGCAGGCCUAUGCUGGCAAACGGCACUGCACAAUAACAGGAAGAAGGGAUCACAUACAACUCUGGCCACGUGAGUUGCGUCAGAUUUUUACAAACUGAAAGUAGAUGGCGUUCCUCUGGAAGCUUGAAUUAACUACACAUCAGGUUGAUAUGGGUUAAAACAGACCUUUGCACUACUUGAUACUGCUGUCUAGGUUUUCGGUUUUGGUUUACCCCAUUAUGAAACUACAACUGUGACUUUUUUUUUUUAAUUCAGAUAUCAAUCCUAGGUUUAUUUGAAAGUUGUGAGCAGUAGUCCUGUCACCUAGACAUAGGCUGAAAGUAAAUGGAGUGUCACUGUGAAAAGGACAGCACUGAGGAUGCUGUUACAGGCUGGUGGAUGAACAACAACACCAUCCAGAUGGGAGCGUUCACUGUGGUGGGGUAUCUCCUCUACAGAUUCUCCCAGACUCUUCCAGCUCUGAUCCGUUGGCCGAUCCGUCUCUUCUGCUCUUUAACUGGUCUGUCAGCUCUGUGGAGCUGGGUGAGCCGCCUUGUGAGAACCCUCAAUGUAAUCCAGAGCCUGUUUAAAUGGCUGUCUCGGAUGUGGCGGUUUAUCAUAGCAUUAUCCUCCAAAUGUAAGUGGCUGGUUGCUGUCAUCAAAGCGGUCACAGGGCCGUCCAGCAGUGGAGCAGAGACUGCUCUGACCAGCAGCAACACCAAGCCAAGCCUCAGGCUGAUCCUCCUUGGAUCCCCUGGUGGAGGACGGACCUCCCUGGCAGACACUUUGAUGGGAAACAGUGAGACAAGGGCAUCCAUGGGCCCCAUAAUGGAGAGCACCAAACAAGGUACGGUAGUGGAUGGUAGAAAGGUUACAGUGAUCGACACCCCAGAUCUUUUAGGGCCAUCACUGGGGAACAACAACAGAGCUAGAGAAGCUCUGAGGUGUCUUCAGCUCACCAGUCCUGGACCACAUGCCUUCCUACUGGUGAUCCACGCCCCAUGCUCCAGCAUGGGGAUCAACCACAAUGCUGCCCAAGCAAUCCAGUCCACUCUGGAACUAUUUGGAGAUGAGGUCAUGCAAUACAUCAUCCCAGUGCUCACCCAUGCAGACCGGCUGGAUCAAAGGUAUACUGUAGAUCAUCUGCUAGAUGUGGAUGCUGGAGGUCUGAAAAGGGCUGUGUCUCUAUGUGGCCAGAGGCCUGAGCUGCUAGACAACAGGGCAGACCGCCUCCCGGAGGCACAGAGUGUGACACGCAGGCAACUACUGGGGCGUGUGAUGGAGAUGAAGAAGCUGAGAGGGCAUUUCACCCACGAGCUGCAGAGGAGGGAAGACUGCAUGAGGGAGGAGCUGCUAGCUGACAUGUCCUCUGCACUGGCUAGAAAACUGAGACACAUGUAAAUAAGAGAAGGAUUUCUCCUGUUAUUGGUGUAAUUCCAUGUGAAAGAGGUUCUGGGGUAGUGAAAAAUAAGGCAGUAUUCAUUGAAGUGCAAUGCAAUUCUGAUUUAAGUGCCAGGGUAAUUCUUUGUUGGUUCACCACUGUCCUGAAUUUACUGCCACUGCUUCGAAUGCUUUUGGUUCAAUAUCAGGGUCACUUCAUUUUCCUAUUGUAAUGUGUCAUAAGUCUUUGAUGUCUGUUCACUGCGCCUCACGUUCCAGAUCUUACCUCUACUAUGUCUUUUAUAAUUCAUGAGACAUAUCAAACUUUAAAGUUUGUGCUGCUGAUAAUCAUGGAAAAUAAACAGA